UUACCUUUCUACAAAGACUACUUCAGUGUUCCUUAUCCGUUGCCUAAAAUCGAUCUCAUAGCUAUCGCUGAUUUUGCUGCUGGUGCCAUGGAAAACUGGGGCCUUGUUACCUACAGGGAGACAGCUCUGCUAAUCGACCCGAAGAACUCCUGCUCGUCCUCCAGGCAGUGGGUGGCGCUGGUGGUGGGACACGAACUCGCCCACCAGUGGUUCGGAAACUUGGUCACCAUGGAAUGGUGGACCCAUCUGUGGCUUAAUGAGGGAUUUGCAUCUUGGAUCGAGUAUCUGUGUGUGGACCACUGCUUCCCCGAAUAUGACAUCUGGACCCAGUUUGUCUCAGCCGACUACACCCGCGCUCUGGACCUGGACGCGCUGGACAGCAGCCAUCCCAUAGAGGUGAACGUGGGCCAUCCAUCAGAAGUAGAUGAAAUCUUUGACGCCAUCUCCUACAGCAAAGGAGCAUCUGUGAUCCGCAUGUUGCACAACUACAUAGGAGACGAGGACUUUAGGAAAGGAAUGAACGCCUAUCUUUUAAAGUUCCAACAUAAAAACGCAUCAACAGAGGACCUAUGGGACUGUCUGGAACAGGCCAGUGGGAAACCCAUUGCUGCAGUGAUGAGCUCGUGGACUAAGCAGAUGGGCUUCCCGAUUAUUGUAGUGGACCAGGAACAGCAAGGUGAGGACCGCGUUCUCAAGUUAUCUCAGAAGAAGUUCUGUGCUAGUGGACCACAUAAUGGUGAGGAUUGCCCCAACUGGAUGGUCCCCAUUAGUAUUUGUACCAGCGAGGACCCCAAAUGCACCAAGCUCAAAGUUCUGCUGGACAGACCGGAGACAACCAUCACCGUUAGCAGCGUCACCCCGGACCAGUGGAUCAAGAUCAACCCCGGCACUGUGGGCUUCUAUCGUAUCCAGUACAGCUCGUCCAUGCUGGAGAGUCUGCUGCCGGGUAUCAGAGAUCUCAGCCUGCAGCCUGUGGACCGGCUCGGCCUCCAGAACGACCUCUUCUCUCUGUCUCGCGCCGGCAUGAUCAGCACGGUGGAGGUGCUGAAGCUGAUGGAGGCGUUCGUCAACGAGCCCAACUACACAGUGUGGAGCGACCUCAGCUGCAACCUGGGAGUCCUGUCCUCGCUGCUGUCCCACACGGACUUCCACGAGGAGAUCCAGGAGUUCAUCAGGGACCUCUUCACCCCCGUCGGCCUCGAGCUGGCCUGGGACAGCAAACCAGGGGAAGGUCACCUGGACGCCCUGUUGAGAGGUUUGGUUCUGGGGAAGUUGGGGAAGGCGGGACACAAACCCACAUUGGAGGAGGCGCGGCGGAGAUUCAAGGACCACGUGGAGGGAAAACAGAGUCUCCUUGCAGACCUGAGGAGCCCGGUGUAUUUAACAGUUUUGAAGCACGGAGAUAGUGCAACGUUGGAGACGAUGUUAAAGCUUCACAAGCAAGCAGACAUGCAGGAGGAGAAGAAUCGUAUAGAGCGAGUGCUCGGCGCCAUAUCUGCCCCUGACCUCAUCCAGAAAGUCCUAACCUUUGCCCUCUCGGAAGACGUUCGUCCUCAGGACACGGUUUCGGUAAUCGGGGGCGUAGCAGGAAGCAGUAAACACGGCCGUAAAGCUGCCUGGAAGUUUGUCAAGGACAACUGGGAGGAGCUUUACAACCGCUACCAGGGCGGCUUCCUCAUAUCACGACUCAUCAAGCUCACGGUUGAUGGAUUCGCUAUUGACAAAAUGGCUGCUGAAGUAAAGAGUUUCUUUGAGAGUCACCCGGCGCCGGCGGCCGAGCGCACGGUGCAGCAGUGCUGUGAGAACAUCCUCCUCAACGCCGCCUGGCUCAAACGUGACGCCGACGACAUCCACCAGUAUCUACUGCAGCGCAAAGCUCCCCCCGUCUGAGCCGCUGCCCCCCCCACUCCCCCCCCCCCCCG